AUGAUGGUAACGGUUUUGAUUUUGCUUUCUUGGCAUUUAUUUUAUAAAGGACCUUCAUAUUCCAACAAUUAUGGUUGUGGUUGUGGCAUUAGUGGUGAUGAGCUUCGUUGCUUCUUCUGUUUCAACGAUGAUCUUCGUUUCUGUAUGACUCAAGCUCCCAUGGAGCUAAACAAGGAGAAGCUUGUCAGGUUUUAUGCUAAUGGCAAGCAAAAGAAUGAUGUUAUAUGGGGAAAAACCGAGCCUUUACACCUUGAAAAGUCAUCUUCAGGGUACAAUGGUCAAUCUACCCUGCUAAAAUUACCAGUUAGGGGAAAACUCAAUGUCCCCACAAACCCUAAACAUGGAACAACAACAUCAACAACAACAACAACAAGCAACUUAUUCCCUGAAGAUCAUGAGACAUGGCAGAAACGAAUACUUGAUCCUGGUAGUGAGAUUGUAUUACAAUGGAACCGAAUUUUCAUAGUCUCAUGCUUGUUGGCAUUAUUUAUCGAUCCAUUAUACUUUUAUCUACCUGGAAUAGUAGAAAAUCAAGAUUCUUGGUGUGUGAAAACAGAUUUAAACCUUCGAAUUGUUGUGACUACUUUUCGGACAUUAGCAGAUUUGUUUUACAUGUUACAUGUUGCAAUUAAGUUUAGAACAGCUUAUAUUGCCCCUAGCUCACGGGUGUUUGGAAGGGGUGAACUUGUUAUGGAUCCUAAAAAGAUUGCUAAAAGAUAUAUUAGAACCGAUUUCUUCAUUGAUCUAAUUGCAACUCUCCCUCUUCCUCAGAUUGUUAUAUGGUUCAUUAUACCUGCAACAAGAAACUCAAAAGCCAAUCACAAUAAUAAUGCCCUUGCUUUGAUUGUUCUUUUACAAUAUAUUCCAAGAUUAUAUUUAAUCUUUCCUUUAAGUUCUGAAUUAGUCAAAGCAACUGGAGUUGUAACAAAAACAGCUUGGGCAGGAGCUGCAUAUAACUUAAUGUUAUACAUGUUGGCUAGUCAUGUAUUGGGGGCAGCUUGGUAUUUGUUAUCGAUUGAUCGACACCUGUCAUGUUGGAAAUCUAUUUGCAAUGAUGAAAAAGCACCAUGUGAUGAUGAUUUGCCUUUUAAGUAUGGAAUAUUCCAAAAUGCAGUGAAGAAAAAUGUGAUUUCCUCAAGUAUUUUUCAUAAGUACUUCUAUUGUUUGUGGUGGGGAUUACAACAACUAAGUUCAUAUGGGCAAAACUUGUCGACAAGCACAUUCAUAGGGGAGACAUCAUUUGCAAUACUCAUUGCCAUUGUUGGUCUUGUUUUGUUUGCACAUUUGAUUGGUAAUAUGCAGACGUACUUGCAGUCAUUAACAAUGAGACUUGAGGAAUGGAGACUCAGGCGAAGAGACACAGAGGAAUGGAUGAGGCAUCGCCAGCUUCCAGAAGAUUUGAGAAAACGUGUUCGGCGUUUUGUUCAAUACAAAUGGGUGGCAACCCGUGGAGUCCAUGAAGAUGUUAUCCUUAACGGAUUACCCGCGGAUCUGCGUAGGGAUAUUCAACGCCACCUAUGCCUAGACCUCGUUCGACGGGUCCCGUUUUUCUCGCAAAUGGAUGACCAAUUACUCGAUGCAAUCUGUGAACGGCUCGUGUCCUCUUUAAGCACGGAAGGCGCGUACAUAGUCCGUGAAGGCGACCCUGUGACCGAAAUGUUUUUCAUAAUUCGCGGCCGCCUCGAAAGCUCGACAACGAACGGAGGCAGAACGGGGUUCUUCAAUUCGAUUAUUAUGCGGCCGGGUGACUUUUGUGGUGAAGAGCUUCUUGCGUGGGCCCUACACCCGAAGUCAACGGUCAACUUACCAUCGUCGACAAGAACCGUUAGAUCACUCACGGAAGUCGAAGCGUUUGCGUUAAGAGCAGAAGAUUUGAAAUUUGUGGCUAAUCAAUUUAGAAGAUUGCAUAGUAAGAAGUUGCAACAUACUUUUAGGCAUUAUUCGCAUCAUUGGCGGACUUGGGCGGCUUGUUUUAUUCAGGCGGCGUGGAGGCGGUAUAAGAGGAGGGUGAUGGCGAAGAAUUUGUUGACCAUGGAGUCUUUUGUUGACCAUGAUGAACACGAGCGUGAGGAUGAGGAAGAACAUGAGGGUGAAGAAGAAGAAGAGGGUGGUGGUGGUGGUGAUGUGGCGGGUGGUCAAGUAAAGUCAAACCUUGGGGUGACGAUUUUGGCGUCAAGAUUUGCGGCGAAUACGAGAAGGGGGAUGGCGAAUAGGCUUAAGUUGCAGAAACCCGAAGAACCGGAUUUUUCGGAAGUUAGUUAAAAGACAAUGAAUCACAAGUUUACAUUGUUUUUGGUUGAAAUCUUUUGAAGUUAUAUUGGCUAACAAGCUUUUAAUAGAAGUUUGUAAUAUAUGAGUAUUGUUGUUGUAGCAAGUAGCAAGUGAAAUGUAGAGGUGAAAGUGAGCCUUUUGGCUUCUUCAUGGCUAGAAGUUUGUUUAUACUAAUGGAAAAAUGUCUAGUCCAC